CUGGAUCAUUAGAUAUCAUCAAAAUCAUCGUGUCCUUUUUACCGCCCGUUCAAAAACACGCUUCGGUUCAUCUUUACCCAUCCAGCUUUCGAUUAUUCUUGACACGAUGUCCCGACAACGUCGACACACCAUUAGUGGUCCUCGACCCAGCACGCAGGGUAUUUCUGCCGCGGAUCCACGAGAAUCAUCAACCAACUCUGAUCCCGGCUCUUUGCCGAGAGGUAAUCUCUCUCAGGCUGGCCAUGAGGUGGUCGAUGCUAUGACGCAGACAAGUGACCAUAUGGCUGAUAUAGCCGAAAUGCCGCCAUUCACUGGAGCCGACAGCGAUGCUGAAGAUGCCUCGACCGUCGCACAAUCCAGAUCAGACAGAUUAGAGGUACCUGAAUUGAUUGAAGCCUUCACGCAGCUCGAGACUGGCGAUGAAUCACGACCCAACCCAAGCUCUGUUGCGCCUUCUUUGGCAAGCCCGAUACCUGUGGCAGCCAGCGGACUAUACGAAGUGUUGGACCAUGUGCCUCGCCAGACCUUCUUAGGGCUCGUACGCCAUAUAUCACCGAUAUCCUUCGAAGAGUUUGUACGGGAACUGAUUGACCGCGGUUUAUUGAACUGGGAGGACGACGACCUACCCAUAACCCCAGCAAAUAGAGUCAUAAUCAUGGCCUUGACAUUUCAGCAGCUUGCAUCGCCCGCUGACCUCCAUCUGCCCCCAGAUGUUGUUGAAAGGAUCUUCAUCGACGUCUCCAAAGCCAUCGGUAUACUGUGUGGUGGUUUAGGUGCUCCACAAUGGAUCUUGGACAUCGCCACGAAACUACGUGGUUUCAAAGACAUAUGAGCCGGAUGGAUAGUUCCCUGGCGCCCGGAUAAGUAAAAUUUUUGGUUUUUGGCAGCAGCGUCAUUGUGGACAGACACUUGCACAUAUCGUGGGAAUAUUGAUGUAAAGCAUUGACAUGCGCAAUGCUAGCGAAAAAGCGAAGACUUGGAAGGGACAGAGACUGGAAGAAGCGAGAAAAUAGUUGUCGAAACAGAAUCGAACGGACAGUGCGGAGAGGAUACGUUUGUUGCAUAUACAACGGCUUACUCGAUG